UUGAUAAACAACGCAUGGAAAAACAUAUAGUUUUUAAAUAAUUUUCUCGACAUAUGUAAAUUUAGCUAAGUAACAGCUAUUGAGAAAUGUCCGCACGUAUGCUCAAGAAGCUGCAGGGCGACACAGACAAGCUUGGACCGCCGCCCGACGAUGAUGAAUACGACAAUGAUCAUCUCACAGAUAAUGACGAGCUAAAUCCGAUUAAGAAUCCCUUUGAUUUGCUUAACCAACAGAGUUUGUCAGAAAGCGAAUUCAAGGAAGACGACAACGAGACGGAGCACCCAUCGGCGGCUAAUGCAGCGCAGAGCACUGCCGUAGCUAAGAAAAAGAAAAAGAAGCGCAAGAAGAAAAAGUCAUCCAAUAAUCACAUUAGCAGCGAGGACAACGAACGUCAGGAUGAUUAUUUUAGAAAAGGAGAUCCAUUGGUGGGAAAGCAUAAUGAAGUGCCCAAGCAGCUUGAAAAGCAAGUCGCCUCAAGUUCGGCCAGCAAGAAACUAUUGUCGGUAGAGCUGCGUCAUCUCAAUCAACAGAACGAGAUGCGACGUACCUUUGGCAAGCGUGUGGUAAAAGUGGAAAACAAACGGGGACGUCCUAAGACCACACUUAAAUCCACCUAUAUAAUAACUGCCAAAGAUUCCUGGCCCCCACUAACCAAAAACAUUAUAACCAUGAAGUUGGUACCCUCACCGGAUACACCUAUGUGCUCCAAAGGUGCUGAUGACCAAUGGUUUACCUUUCAGCAUAGUCAGUACUAUCAGGGUGUGCAACAUAUGUUUCUGUCGGCGCUGGAGCGCAUCGAUUCCGAGUUUUUAAUAACGCUCAUCAAACGCUGUCCUUACCAUGUCGACUCGCUAAUUCAACUUAGCGAAGUAUGUAAGAUGACAGAGGAUUUUGCGCUUGCCUCCGAGCUAAUCGAACGCGCACUGCUGCUGUUGGAAUCGUCGCUGCACAUUAACUUUAGUCUGACGUCGGGCAGUUCGCGCUUAGACUAUCGCCAUCAAGAAAAUCGGUCCUUUUUUAUUGUGCUCUUUAAACAUGCACAGUAUCUGGAGGAACGCGCCUGUUGCCGCACCGCCUUUGAAAUUUGCAAGCUAGUGCUUAGCCUUCAGCCGGAACAGGAUCCUUUGGCCAUGGUGUUGGUUAUUGAUUACUAUGCGCUGCGCAGCAAGCAACACGCUUGGCUUGUAGACUAUUAUGAGCAAUACAAUACCACACGCAAUCUUGCCCAGCUGCCCAACAUGGCCUAUUCUUAUGCACUAGCACUCUACCUAACGCAAGGUGACUGUGAGCGCGCCAAUGAAAUGCUGCAAUUUGCUUUGCUUAUGUUUCCAGGUGUGCUGCGUCCGCUGCUUGACGAAAUGUCUGUACAGACCGACAAGCGCGUACUCGCCUGUGCCUAUUUUUACCCUGAUGUCUCCGGCAAUCAAUCACCUGCUUUGCAUCAGCUAGUCUGUUUGUAUGUGUGCCGUGCCAAGAUUGUAUGGCGCCAGAAUGAUGUACUCAGCUGGUUAGAGCGUAAUGUCAACGCUGUGCUGGAUCGCAUUGAUGCAAAAGAUCCUAUAGUUCAGGAUUGCAAGGAUAAACGUAUAUUGCGCUAUGGCGGGACACCACCACGUCCCAUCUUACGACAUGUUAUACUCUCGGACUACAAGGAAAAAGUACCCUUGGCUAUCUUUGUAUCCAAAGAACGUCAAGCAAUUAUGACAUACGAUCCGUUGCCUCCCGCCGACACCGUCAAUUUCUAUCAACAGCAAUCAUCUUCCUCCAGUAGUCCAACCAGCAACACCAACAACUCUGUAUCUAUGUUUUUCCAGUCGCUGUUGCCCACAUUUAACUUGCAGCAAAUGCAGCAGGCAGAAGCUGUAAAUGAUGGUGCUCCGGGCGCUGCAGCUGCACCUGCACCAGAUGGAGCAGGAGAAGAACCUGGACUACAGCAGUCGCUCAAUCAGAUCAUGACCGGCAUGUACGAGUUUUUACAAAACUUCCGUAUUACGGAGCAUUUGCGAGCUCCGGACGCAGCUGUACCCCAAUCGCCGAGCAGUAGUAACGACGACGAAGAAGAGGAUGAGGAAUCUAGCGAUUAUGUGGAUUAAAAGUAAAACUUCAACUUAAGCGCCGUUCUCUGUAUUUUCGUCUCGCUUAUAUUAAUCCAAUUGGGUUUGGUGUCGCGCUUUAUGCAAUGGUUUUCCUUUGUUGGGACUUCAAACUCCCAAACGCUUGAAGCUUUAACCUUACAAAAACAUGAAUAUUUAACUGAAGUUAUUUGUCAUAAAUUAUGCAUAAAUAAAAUUGAACAAAAUGUCCGUUUUAGC